AUGAAGUCAAGUAGGUCCAGUAAAAAUAAAUCCAAGAGUGGCGGUGGUGGCGGUGGCAGCGGCGGAGGUGGAGGAAGCAGCGUGUGGUCGCCUUGGACUUGGUCAGACGAGCACCAGAAUUACUACACGUAUCGCACGAAUAAUGGCGAGCCGGAGUACCACUGGCAGGAAACACAAGCUGCUCCACAGCAGCAUGUCCAAGCGAUCCCACGCGAGCAGCCGAAUGUAGAGGAACUCACCAACGGCCUCGACAACCUCUCAACCUCGCCUUCCGCGAAUGACGGCGACUACAGCUAUGCGCUACAAGGGGAGGAAGUUGUUGAUCAGUCUUAUAUGUACCCAACUUCGACUGCAUCGUACGGCAAUUCGAGUCGGUCGAGAAAGGGCAAGGAGCCAGCGUACGAGCCUCAGCCGCAUGAUGGGGAAGACAACCCACCUGAGGAACCAGCUCCACCGUUGGACCCCUUCUGGGGUGCCGAGCAAGAGACGCCCCCGACUGCGCACCAUGAUGAAGACUGUAUGGAUAUCUCCACACACCAAUGA